AAAAAAAUUAAAAUAAUCAAAAAUUACAUUCAACCAAUAACAGAAAAAAUGCCACCUAAAAAAAAUUAAAAUAAGAGAAGCGGUAAAGAUCGUUCUUUAUCUCCUUAAACUGCUUCCGAUGCAAAAUAAGACCCUGUGAAAAAAGUUAAAGAUGAAGUUUAAGAUUUAUAAGCUCCAGUUAUUGUUAAAAGUAAAUGUCCUGUUGACAUGUAAGUUCCGGGUGCAUCAUCAUACUAAGUAUUGUAAAUUGGUGACACUGUUUACAGUUUUACACUAAAUUAAACUAACUGUGGGGCUAAUAAUAACAAAUUUUAUCUUGGAUAGAUACUCUAUAAUCCUACUGAUUAAAAAUUUAGGACAUUCUAUAAAUGGGGUAGAGUAGGAACUCCUGGCUAAAACUCUAAUAUACCAUAAAAUUCUUUAGAAAAGGCUAUUUAAGAUUAUUAAAAGAAGAAAAAUGAUAAAAUAAAAGGUGGAUAUACUGAAAUCUUUAUAAAAUAUGGUGAUGAUGAUAAAAAUGAUGAAGAAGAAGAAUAAAAGCAACAAUAGAAACUUGAGGAUAAGGAAAGAAAAUAAAGUAAACUCUCUGAGGCUGUUUAAAUUAUGAUCAAUGAAAUUUUUGAUUCUAAAAUGAUUUAAAAUAGUAUUAAAGAUAUUGGUUUUGAUUAAAAAAAGAUGCCUUUAGGUAAAUUAGCAGAGUAAACAAUAAAAUAAGCCUAUCUUGUUUUGAACGAACUUAUGGAAGCCAUCAAAAAUAAUGAAACUAGUUAGUUUGAAAGACUUUCGAGCUCAUUCUACUCAUAUAUUCCUCAUGAUUUUGGCUUUUAAAAAAUGAGCCAUUUUAUUUUAAGAUCUGAGGAAUAAGUUAAGUAGAAGUUGGAAAUGCUUUAGAACUUAGAAGAUCUUAAAAUUGCUACUAACUUGUUAAAACUUACAGAUACUGAGGAAGCUAUUAUAGAUGAAAAUUAUAAAAAACUAAAGUCUAAUAUUGAAGUUGUUAAAGAUCAAGAUACUAGAAACAUGAUAAUCAAUUAUAUUAAUGAGGGUUCAACUUAUCGCUAACCUUAAGUGUUAGAAAUAUACGAAGUAAAUAGAGAAGGAGAAGAUGAAAGAUAUACAAAAGAUAUAGGAAACGAUACACUUCUUUGGCAUGGGUCUAGAAUUUCUAACUUUGUCGGUAUUCUUUCUUAGGGACUUCGUAUAGCACCUCCAGAAGCUCCAGUUUCAGGAUAUAACUAUGGUAAGGGUAUUUAUUUAGCAGAUAUGUUUGAUAAAUCAAGAUCAUAUUGCUAAGGAAACAGUCAAGGUGUAAAUUACAUUAUGCUUAUUUAGGCUGCUUUAGGUAACCCGAACAGAAUAGAAAGAACAGAUUACAAUGCUAGUAAUUUACCUUAAGGAACUAAUUCCUGUUGGGGCUGGGGAACAUUUGGUCCUGAAUAAUUUAUCACUCAUAACGGUGUUAAAGUCCCUCAUGGAAAGCCCGUUACGACCUAAUCUAAGAAUUAUAUGACUCACAAUGAAUUUAUUAUUUAUAAAGUAGAAUAAGCUAAAAUUAAAUAUUUAAUUAGAUUUAAAUGA